CUCUGACUCACUCUCUGUUCUCGGAUCGUUCAGCAGCUCUCCUCAUCUUCUUCUUCUUCUUCUUCUCCUCCUCUGCACUCCACUUCUCUUCUUCGUCUUCGUCCUGCCUUCAUCCUGCAGCCGCCGACGUCAGUGGAACGUUUUUCUAUCCCCUCUGAUAUUAAGGUUAAUCCGAUUAUGAAGCUCUUCUCUGAGACGCCUCUCUGUCAAUGACGGCCAAGAUGGAGACUCCUUUCUACCAUGACGACUCGCACGCCGUGCCCGGCUUCGGCCACAUCGCAGAAUACGAGCGCUACCAUGGAAACAAGAUGCUGAUGAGUAAGAAGGCCAUGUCGAUGGGGGGUCAACACUUCUCAGGCGGCGGCGGCGGGAGUUCGUCAGGCGGAAGAGGCGGACACCACAACAACUUGGGGCUUGGCGGGAACAGUUCCCUGAUGGGAUCUGCGGCGUCCUCGGCCGACAUGAACCUGCUGAAGCUGUCGUCCCCCGACCUGGAGCACCUGAUCAUCCAGUCCAAUCAGGGUCUCGUCACCACAAGCCCCAUGUCCAACGGCGGCAACCCUUUCCUCUACCGCAACCAUGCCACAAACGAGCAGGAGGGCUUCGCCGAUGGCUUCGUCAAAGCGCUCGCCGACCUUCACAAGCAGAACCAGCUGGUUGGAGGAAGCCCCAUGUCCCCGCCCCCGUCCUCCACCGUCUCCCUGCAGGCGUCCUACCAGAGGAACCUGAUGUCCGGCGGAGACAUGCCCGUCUACACCAACCUCGGCAGCUACAACCCCGGGCAGAUGGCGUACCCUGGGGCACAGAUGGGGUACGGGAGCGGCUCAGGCCACGGCAGUGGCGGAGCCCCUCAGCCACACGCUCGAGGAUUAGACGCUCCUCAGACCGUCCCCGAGGUGCCUCACCCACCGGGCGACCCGACAUCCCCGCCCUCCCUUUCCCCGAUUGACUUGGAGACACAGGAGCGAAUCAAAGCGGAACGCAAGAAGCUACGCAACCGCAUUGCGGCGUCCAAGUGCCGCAAGCGUAAGCUGGAGCGGAUCUCGCGGCUGGAGGACAAAGUGAAGGUCCUGAAGAAUCAGAACUCGGACCUGGCUUCCACCGCCGCCAUGCUGCGGGAGCAGGUAGCGCAGCUGAAACAGAAGGUCAUGAGCCACGUCACCAACGGCUGCCAGAUCACUGUCGGGUCGACCGCCGCCGCCAAGACUGGAGGAGGAGGAAGGGGAGGUACAGGCAGCGAGGACUCCAGCUGCUGAGGAGGCGGAAACCAAAAAGAUGAGGACGUGAAAAUAUCGAGAUGUCACUUUCAGAUUUUGCCGUUUUGUUGCACUCAGCAAAGAAGGUGUGUGUGACGCCUGAACAGGACAGGUGGAUGGUGGGAUUUACGUUGCCCCGUAAACCACUGUCAAUAACGCAGCUGGAGGGGGCGGGGCUAACAUGAAAGAGGGAUGGAUUAAUCCCUAAUGUGGGCAAAAUUCAAUUUUGAAAUUUGAAUUUUGAUGAUAAAGUUUAUAAAACAGACAGAACCAGAGUUUGACACCUGAACUGGAGUUUGAGUUUGAACGGUGUCGACACAUUCAUAUGACAGGUGUUAUAUCUCCAGGUGUUCAACAUGGCGUUCUGUACAGUUUGGAAACACAGCUGUGUCAUCGCACUGGAUAAACUGUUCAGGAAACAGAGGAAUAAAAAGCAGAUUUUCAAAGUAAAAAAACAUGGUUUGAAUAAAGGAAAUGAACAUUUAUACAGUUUCAAGUUUAUCGUUUACGAUGUGUAGUUCAAAGAAGUCAAGAAAAAAAAAUGACUUAUCCUGAAUGACUUCAGGAGUUAUUUAUACAUCAGUGUCGAGUGAUCACAUAACUUUAUGUAAGAGGAAUUUGAAUUUCCCCGUCAUAAUUUACACAAUGUGUUUUCAAAAAGAAAGUUGAACCCUCGUUUUCCAAAUCAAAUGAACACCUCACUCAAACUCUGUCCUCUGAUUACUGUCAUCUCUCUAGUGAGACUCGGAGGUGGUCGGUUUAAAAUCUGAAAGAUGCGUCUGUGUUUUUCUCUUUGUUGCCGCUGGACGCUAAAAACCCUUUAAAGACAAAAAUGAACAAGAAUAAGAGUUUAAAGUUGCACCAUUGUUUGUGACUUCCUGAUGGACCUUUGUGAACGUUGGAUAUCAUCAGGAUACAUUGGGACAAGAGGACGUCUGCAUGAUUCCAUUUUCUCUUUCAAGAUUCAAUUUGAUAAUUACAUAUUAUUUUGAAGUAGAGCAAUAAAUUCUUAAUAUGUGGAGAGUGAUCCACCCUCAUCGUUGAUUUCUAAUUGACUUGUUUCUUUUACGAGCUGCAGGAGUUUUUAUUUUUGAACAAAAUGAAGAAAAAAUGUCAGAGUGUCAAAGUGUUUAUAUAAAAAUAUGAUGCAUAUAAGAUAUGAUGAUUUAGUAACAUUUACUAUUUAUAAUAACUGUCAUGUUAAAAGGACGUCUUUCUGUUUCUACUCAGUGAAAUCAUUUUUUUAUCUGGUUUUAAUCUUUGGAGGUUCAUAUGGAGCACGAUUCUGAAGCUCAAGAGAAAAAAAUGGUUAAUAACUAUUACUCCUCUAUGGCAUUAUAUGACCUUCUAUUGUUAAUAAUAAACCUAAAGCAACAAUAUGUCUGAAUUCAGGUUGGUACGCUUUGGUGCCCACAGAAGGUCUCUGAGUGCAACUGCACCAAUGUGUAUUAGUUGACAAACAGAACGUUUCACAAUGUCUCGGACGAAGCCGGCGUAGAUGUUGUGAGAAGCCGAAGACUCAAGUCGGCUGACAAGGUACGGUAAUAGUUCUGGAUUUUCUGCUGACUCUGCUUGCAUCUGCAGCCCGUUGGUGUAAGGUGGUCAUAAAACUCGAUCCAAGCUGUUUUAAGGCGUUCUUUUUCUCGUCUUGGUGUUACGAUAAAAUCAAUCAUCGCAGGUCUUCAGUCUACAAAUUAUAUUGUUUAAUGACGUGACCAUUGUCAACAACCAAUAGGAGCAGUCUCUCCAGCACCAAACAGGAAGUUGCCAAUCAUGGCGAGGAAUACACAGCACUCACUCAUCCAACUGCAAAGCUCUCGCUGACGUGUAAAAGCCUGUCCGAUAUUUACUGUAGUCCAACUUCUUGCUCGCUCACUCUUUCUUUUUGUAACAAACAGAACAGAGAGGGCUAACUGGCUUCUUUUUAAAACUGAAGGCUGCUGUAUGUGAACUAGUGCCGUUGAGCUGUACGCACUUCUCGCAGCAUGCUGCCAAAGUUACAUCGUGCUGAAAACAGGCGACGGACAGGCACUCUGGACAUGAGAGAGACGCCGUCCUAUCUGUUAAAAGUUAUUGUACUGUUAGAUCGACUUUUAAACUAAUAUUUCAAGGUGGACAAGUUGCAUAUUGUUGCUUUAUCAAUAAGAACAAUAAAAACUUAGUUGAAUUUCUAAGAUUGUUGAUUUUGACCAGCAUUUUUUGUCUGUGUGUGUUUCUAAAAAUUCCUGAAGAAUAUUCAGAUGCAGAGCUUUAUUGUUGCUAUAACUGCAUUCAGAGAAAUAUGUUUUUAUGGUGUAAAAACACACUUAGAUAAAACACUAUAACACAGCCAGCAUGGGAAAAGUGGGCUUUAAUUUAAGUUUCGAUUGUAAUACCUCAAAUGUUUAUUAAGGAUGACUCACUCCUUGCUGUGCUGUAAUGAAACAUAAUGCACUCUGGAUUGUUUUCAACAUAUUAAACAUUAGUUUAAAUGAUAUUCCUGCUUUGGAAAAUGAGGUUCUGAGCUCCUUUAUGGGAGGUUGUGGAUCUGUUCCAGGAGUUCCCUUGGAUCCAGGAUUGGGUGUCAAUGUGUCACUGAGUGUACCUCGAGUUCUUGAGUUGGUUUCUGAGGUCCUUGAAUUUGGUCAUUGGGUCCUCCAGGAGGUUUUUGAAAGCAGUAGAGGUACUCGAGAGGGUGCCUGAUGUCUGAGAGAAGUGAGUAGAGAUCCUGAGGUCAUUACAGAGGUGAAGAAGCUACGAUGUUCAAUAACAUAUUAUUUGCAAACACCUGUAAGCCAAUCAGAGAGCAGGCUGAUAAACUGCAGCGGUGUAAUGAAAAUACUUUGUAACAUUUUAGUGUGCAUUAUUAAUCAAAACUUUCUUACUGACAUCAAACUGUUUAUGCAAUGCAUCUUAGAUUUAUUUUUAAAUGUACAAACUAUGACAGGUUAGGUUUUUAAUAUCUCAGUAAAACAGCAAAUUCCUUUAACAGAAAAUACAUUUAAUGUGCUGUGUCAUGUUGCAGAAAAAUGCAGCUUUCAGACUGAGAAACAUAAAACUGUCACUUAUUGUCUUUGUUAAAAAGUUCACAACUUUGAAAACAAUACAUCAGAGGUUUAAAGGUCACAUAUCCUCCUUGUCUUCAACCAGUUUAAAUAAGUCUCAG